CCUGCACCGGCAGCCUCGUCUCCACCUAGACUCUCUGUACUCUGUACGGAGACUUGGUUGCUCGAUAUCACCCCAAGCCUCAUCUCUGCUCAGGAUGACUUGCUACAGUUUCUACAUCUUUGACCGUCAUAGUAAGUAUAUCUUUUCUGCUUCAUGCCUACACAUUUAAUGCUAAUCAAUCCCAGCGGAAUGCAUAUACUCUAAGCUGUGGGCUCGACAAGACCGUCCCCUCUCCGCUGGUAUCGACCCAAGCUCCAUCCCAGCAAGCAAUGGAGGAGCACAGUCUGAUCUUGGGCCGGCACGAGCACGACCAGCGCGACUGAGUGCUCAAGACGAUGCGAAGCUCAUUUUUGGAACCAUAUUCUCCCUGCGGAACAUGGUGAGGAAACUCGGAGGACCCGAUGAUAGGUACAUACAUACAUACGCACAUACAACAGGCAAUGGCCCCAGGAAAUGGGAAAAGAUGUUAAUACAGCGAAACAGCUUUAUAUCCUAUCGGACAGGCCAAUACAAACUCCACUACUACGAGACACCCACAAGCAUCAAGUUCGUCAUGCUCACCGACACCCAAACACUGAAUAUGCGGAAUGUGCUACAUCAAAUAUAUGUAAACCUAUACGUCGAGUUUGGUAGGUGUCUUGAUUCUCUCCAUCUGUGUAUACGCUAACGUGAGUGCUCGGUAGUUGUCAAGAAUCCCUUAUCUCCAGUGGAACACCCUGGGGGCGUAGGAGUUGCAAACGAGCUUUUUGAAUUAGCCCUUGACCAAUUUGUCAAAGGAGUUCUAUAAUCCAUUUUUAUCAAGGUCUGCUGGUGGAGUUAAUAGAUCAUGAUUGGUGGCCAAGCGUUUGGGCAUAGGAAGGCGUUGGUGGGAGGGCAUUGCUGGUGUUUGGGCAAAAAUAAAGCUUCAUAAAUCUUUGAUGAGAAACAAGCCUUCCUCUAGGCAAGAUUUUCGACCAUAUUUCUGCGUGGACUCCCUGAAUUAUUCCAUAGGAGGGACCUCGGAACUAAUGAACAGAU